ACAGUAAGUAGUACUUUACAGUAUUUUUACUUAAUUACUUUACACCUCUGGUCUUGAGUGGUUUCAUAGUUUUACUUCUACUAAAAGAGAAGUCUUCCAUACUGACUGAGGGAAGUCACAAACUCUGUCCGUGAAGAGUUAACUUUUCAGCAGUAUUCUGCUGCCUCCCCAGUCCGUCUCCUCCUCCUCUCCUCCCACCAUAUAAACAAAACCGUUAUAUUUGUUGUUAUUUUUUCCAUUUCCUGGAUUCGCCAAGUCCGUUGGAGUUCUACCCAGGCGCGCAGGGGGAGAGAGAUGGCACACAGUGAGAACCAACAGUCGUCCUUUUCUGAUAUAAUAGAAUUAAACGUCGGAGGGCAAGUGUAUGUAACUCGACAUGAAACUUUAGUCUCCGUCCCAAACUCUCUCCUGUGGACUAUGUUCGCACAGAAGAGCCCUACAGAACUACCGAAAGACAGCAAAGGACGUUACUUCUUUGACCGGGACGGAUUUCUGUUCAGGUAUAUUCUGGAUUAUCUGCGGGAAAGGGACAUCGUUCUACCGGACUUCUUUAAGGAGAGGGGUCGGUUACAGAAGGAGGCAGAGUUCUUCCAGCUGCACGAGCUCGCACAGCGCCUCAGACCGGCAGUGAGUAAGGAUAACUCUCUCGGGGACGAGCUGUGCGCCCAUGGGGACCCGGAAGAGGCUUCUCUCGCCUGCGCUCUGGGUAGUAGCAGCAUCACCACGACCGCGGUGAGCAGCCCGACUCCGAGCCUUCUCUCCCCGUUCCAGAAGCAUGGCUAUAUUACCAUUGGUUACCGGGGCUCCUACACCAUCGGGAGGGAUAUUCAAACGGACGCCAAGUUCAGGCGUGUGGCCAGAAUAACGGUUUGCGGAAAGACGUCCCUGGCCAAAGAAGUUUUCGGUGAGACUCUGAAUGAGAGCAGAGACCCGGACAAACCACCUGAGAGGUACACCUCCCGGUACUAUCUGAAGUAUAACUUUCUCGAGCAGGCGUUCGACAGGCUCGCGGAGGUCGGAUUCCGCAUGGUGGCUUGCAGCUCCACGGGCACGUGCGCGUACGCGAGCAGCGACCCGAACGAGGACAAAAUCUGGACCAGCUACACCGAAUACGUGUUCUCCCGGGACUGAACAACCCGUUACCGGGCCGCUAGGUAGCUUUACCUGAGGGUACCGGGACAGUGACGUCACGUGAUGCUCACCUGUACGGUAGAGAGACUACCUGCAGAAAUGUGAAAACCCCUCUAUCUUCUCUAUAUGUCCCAUCUGAUUAUGGGAAAGGUUAAAGGUUACUGAGGAUUAUUCUGUAAGGACAUAUUGGUUGCUGUUUUGCCCAGGCCUAUAUACGGUUUGACAGGCUGUUGAACCUAACUCCCUCCUGGCGUUGUUUUGUUUUGACAGGCCUAUAUACGUUUAAUGGAGGUAUGUUUCAUGUUGCAGACCAGUUUAUAUUAUACAGUUAUAUGACUGUUGUGACAUAAUGCUCUCAAUGUGUUUAUACUAACAUUAACACACACACACACACACACACACACACACACACACACACACACACACACACACACACACACACACACACACACACACACACACAUACA